AUGAUAAAUUCCCUUAUAUGUUUGAUAGUUGGUGAAACACCUGCUACUCAGUUCUUGGCAUGGAGGCUAAGCCUCUCGAAUGCGUUCAUUAUCCUGGUUUCGAGCAAUAUUUCCAGCGAUGGGCUGGUUGCGUGGAAGUCCUCUAAGCUGGGAUCAAAUUUUUACAGACCAAAUGAAUUCGCUAAGGAACUGGAUGAACUUCAGUCAAAACUUGUUGAUUCCAAUGGGAAAUUGAAAUAUAAAAUUGAUAUAGUGGUGUUGUCAUGUUUGUCCAUCCCGGCUUUACAGCGGCACUGUGAAGUUCUUGCAAAAUAUGGUGACAAAGAUACCGUGGUAUUAGUGGAUGCAAAUUUCGGAGUACAUUUGGAAAAGCUUGUUUUGGACCAUUUCUCCAACACCUGUGCCUGCACUCUGUCCAUUCUUUGUGAUGUUGAAGGUAGGCAGUUGUCGUCCGGAUCUUAUGUCCUUGUGAAUGAAACCUGUCAAUUCUACAUCGGGUUGACAUAUAGUCAUGACGAUGCCAGAUCAAUCGGCACUCAAUAUGAAAUACUGCGCAACAAUUUCGAAAAGGUCCGUAAUGUCCUCUCCGAUGAGCAAUCCACCCUGAACGCUCUGUUGCAGCAAUUGCAGCAUACACAAGUUGAAGCCAUUAUAACAUUUACCCCAGACUGCUCAAUAGAAAUGGCACUUACGGUAUGGGAGUAUAUCAUCCCUCGUAUUUCACUCAAUAUUCUCUCCAUCGUAUUUGAAAGAUUUGAUUAUGACCGACUCUUAGCUAAUGCUUCUACUAAAUUGGUGUUCCAAGACCUGGUCAAGGAUCUUAUAAAUAUCAGCUUUGCGCAUUGUGGAAGAGUGAUCACAAAGUACAUGAAAAUGGCAUCGGAAGAUUGCAGAGCUCCGAUAGAUCUAGAGGCAGAUAUAGAUUUCGAAAAGAUUGUAGAGCAUACCAAGAUUCGAAAAAGGCAAACAGACAUUUUCACAGUUAAUGAGUAUCCAGAGUAUUUGACCCUUUCGUUUGAGGCCUACUGUUUUUAUCACAAAUUGGAGUUCCCGGCAGAUAUUCUACUGAAGCAGCCCAUUUUGAUGGCCAAUGAAUUCGGGAUUAAAUACUCGAGCUUGAAUUUCCUAAUUCGAUUUUACUCGCAACUCUUGUCAUUGAGUGGCCUAUGUAUUGAAGGUGGUCCGCGUAAGUUAUGCCCACCGUCGUUUAUGUUUGGGAGCCGCACGCAGCUCAACACUAAAGGUGAAGCAGUACUGCCGACUAAAAACGAUGCUGGAAAGAAACCCAUUGACUCAUUGCACGCCAAAUUAAAGAGGGGAACGAAAACCGAUAAUAACAGCGUGCUCGCUACUAAAGACCCUGAUUGCUCCAGAAUGGAUUACGCAGCUAAAAAUCACGAUACUGAUACUCACGACACGCAAGGUGAGCAGAGCAUUAGUUUACGUGAGGGGAACAACUCGAGAUUCGCGUUUUUCUGUGAUAGGGAAGAUGGCGAAAAUACUGGUCCUGGGGAGAAUGACAGUAGCUCAAUUGUGGAUACCUUGAUACAGCUUCCUAACUUCCGUAAACGGACUCCGGGUGGAAGAGCAGUCGGCGAAGUAGACGCCAGUGCAGCCCUUGAAAGAGAGAUCCGAGCUAAUCCCUUAACUAUGGCAUCGCGGUACUAUUUCAAACCAUACCAUCUAGACCGGAAAAGCAUCAGGUCUUUGACGGAAAAAUGCGGCGACCAUUGGGACCGUCCCAGCCUAUGGAAAAUGCAGCGUCAGUAUUUGAUCGAAAGGGGCCAAAUGACCGACCCUUCGGACACAUUAGUUACAGGGUCACACAGGCCACUAAUGGAGCACAUAAAAUUACUAAAACGCCUUAACAUGCGCGGAAUUCUGAGCGUUACAACGAGUCGUUAUGGCCAUGUCGACACUUCCAUGAGAUUGUUUGACAACCAGAAUCAAGGAAAAGACCCCUUGAAGAAACGUUCCUUAACUGCUCCCGCCGCGCAUAGAACCCUGGCAUGCUUCGCGCCUGGUACUGAUUGCCAUUCCCCAUCUGUCUUGCCCGAUGUUGAUUGA